AGAUAAGCGAACAUGGACGAUUUUUGCUUGGUGUCAGUAUAUACCACGACCGUGCAAUAAAUUAAAAUCUUAUCCAUUCCUCCACCCACACCCACCUCCUAUCCUUCCUUUGCUGCGGCGCGUGAUGGAUACUCUCUACACCGCCGUCCACUACUGGCUAGUUGAUCACCCAUUCAUCAAUCAAUACGAAUGGAUCCCUGGCCAAACCGCCGGCGCCACCCCACUCUUCCUCACACUCACUGUCCUUGUCUACCUUACUCUCACCCUUACCCUCCGCCACUUUCCCCUCCUCCCGACUCUCCCCGCCGCCACCCUGGGCCUUAUCACCGCCACCCACAACCUAAUCCUCUGCCUUCUCUCCUUCCUCAUGGUCUUUGGCUGCACUCUCUCCACCCUCCACCAGAUGCCGCCAAAUGACCCCAUCUGGCCCAUCUGCUUCCCCGCCGGCCGCACCCAGCCGAAGGGCCCCACCUUCUUCUGGGCCCACGUCUUCUACUUCUCCAAAAUAUUCGAAUUCAUCGAUACCCUUUUGAUCCUCCUCAGUGAAUCUCGCUCUCGACGGCUCUCCUUCCUCCACGUGUACCACCACGGCGUGGUGGUCAUAAUGUGUUACCUCUGGCUGUCCACCUCGCAGUCGCUAUUCCCGGUGGCGCUCGUGACCAAUGCCUCGGUGCACGUGGUAAUGUACGCUUAUUACUUGCUAUGCGCAAUUGGGAUUCGUCCAUGGUGGAAGAGGUUGGUGACGGAUUUUCAGAUUAUUCAGUUCGUUUUUAGCUUCUUGAUUUCGGGUUUGAUGCUGUACUACCAUUUUACCGGGUCGGGUUGCUCCGGGAUCUGGGGAUGGUGCUUCAAUGCAGUUUUUAAUGCUUCCCUUUUGGCACUUUUUAUUAAUUUUCAUCUCAAAAAUUAUGCCAAGAAAAAAAUGAACAAAGAUAAGAGGUUGUGAUUUUGAGUUUUACAUGUACUCUUGUGUGGAUAAUUUCUCCAUUUCUCUUAUUUUCAUUUACUUUAAAACGGAUAAAUUUGGUUUGGCUUAGGAAUAAAAUCUGGGAUUUACAUUUUACCUGUA